AUGACCUCGUCUCCCCUCCCGCUGACCGUCGCGGACUUCUUUCACUCAGAUCUUCCAUGCGUGUCUGCAGUAUGCACAGUGAGUAUAUACUUUACAGAAGACGAUUAAAGGAACAACUUGCUGUGAAACUGGGCUUCCUACAGUGUGAGAUCCCAGGACUGCACUGGAGGACUAACCUCAGAUCAUCUUUCUUGGAUCAGAUGGGUUUCCUGAUUGAGCUAAGUCUGAUACUGCUCCUGACCUUUAUCUCAAAAGGUCACACCUGGAAUAUCAGUGUCACUAAACACUUUAAUGUCACAUCAGGCUCAGAUGUGAAUAUACUGUGUACUUUUUCCUAUCCUCCAAAAUACCACAGUGACAAUGUUCAGAUUUUCUGGAAAAAAUUUUCUAAAGAGAAAAUCACUAUCAACGAUGUGGACAAACGUCCAUUCAUUUUUCAUCCAAAUGAGACGUAUAUUAUUGAGAAGUACAGACAUAGGACUAAGCUCAUUGGAAAUGUAAAGGAAGGAAACUGUUCCCUCAAGAUCCAAAACAUCACAGAAAAUGAACCAAAGAUCUAUUUGAGAGUUGCAGUAGCUGAUAACUACAGUUUCGUCGAAGAUUAUGUCUCCAUUUCAGUGUCUGGUGUGCCACCAGUCAUUAUUGAUCAAGAUAUUCCACUUGUUACAGCACCCCCCAAACCAAGUGAACAGUCUAAUAAUAUAGUGAUGUAUAUUGCUAUCUUCGUGCCACUUGCUGCAGCUCUGAUCAUUAUUGUUGCUACUGGAACUGUCUGUUUCAAAAAACACAGGUCUCUUAGCAGACGGGAAUCCAGCUACUACGUCAAUUUUAAAGUUUCAUCAACCCCAGCCAAAAGAGAAACAUCUUUCAAAAAACAAGACAAUAAAGAACUCCCUGAACAGAAGGUCAUUGAUGACCCGGUGUACAUCAACCUUGAGGUUAAUCCAGGUCAGAUGGAUCAAAGUGUGGCCCAUGCAGACAACAUAUAUGCAAAUGUGGAUUACACACAGUAGCAGAGAAGUUACAUCUUACAUUUAUGGACAUAAUACUGUAUCAUCUGUCUUUCUGUAUUAUAUAGUAUGAGUGCUAAUGCCAUUGUGUGUUGCAGAAUACAUGUCAGCAUCACUCAAACAGCUCAAUGUACUGUACGAAUCAAACCUAAAAGAAGGACAACAUGACAGAUGUCAAGAAGCAAAAGACAAGAUUUUUUUUAGAACAUCUGGAAACAUUUAUUAGUAUCUCAACUCUUAAGUAGGUGUAGACAAGACCAAUCCACUUUCUAGGCUGGUAGAAUCAGUUUUGCUUUAACAAUACACUGAAUAUUUUUUUACAGAUACUUAACCUAUAAAUACCCAAAACCCAGAUUAUCUAGUCAUUUAAAAUGUUUAACACUUGUUGAUCCUCUAAUCCUGUCAGUACAUGUAAAUAAUUGGUGUAAAGUGCAGUUUUGUCAUCUUUUCAUGAUCAUCAGAUAUGACUCAUUUAGGUGUU